UUGAAAUGAUGCCCAAACUGUUGUUUCUAUAUAUAGAUACCCCGGGCAAGUUUUUGCAAACAAAUUAAUCAUAAAACAAAUUGAAAGAUUUUAUCCGUUGGUUCUAAAUUGUAGCCCUUGGAUCUACCAAAAUUAAUUUUUUUGGACCCCGACAAUCCCUGGCCGCCAUAGCUAUUACCGAAGACCAAGCGCUGCUGGAGUUCACGCUUUGAUGUGGACCGCGGAAUUCCUCUGCCAAAUGCUGCAUUUUUUUUUGGGUGAGUACAUAGUUUGGGUUUUUCACUGAUAGGUUGCGGGAAGCCUUACCGAGACAACUGGUUUAACAAUGGAACAUAAGCCCUAAUUCCUGCAGUCAAUUCGUGAAAAUUUCUAUAUUCGAUCAUGAAUCGGUCUCUGAGAGAGGAGAAGCUGUUGGCCGCGGAAAGAGAGUCAUCCCUAGGACAAAGCCAAGGAGAAAAUACCAAGCCAGAAAAUUUUGAAGUGGAAGAAGCUAGAAAUUCGGAAGAAGCGGGGCAGGAGGAGGAGGAAGGAUCGGAUCUUACACACAUGAUGAGCGAUCCUCCUGGAUCUGAUGCUCUUUAUCUCAGGCAUCCGAGAUUUGAGACGGGGAAACGAAUAGAUGAAUUUUUCCAUGGGAGUACUUGGAAACCUCUGAGAAAUGAGUCGCCAUGGGACGAGGAAAGAGAGUCAUCCCUAGGAGAAGGCCAAGGAGAAUAUACCAAGCCAGAAAAUUUAGAAGUGGAAGAUGCUAGAAAUUCGGAAGAAGCGGGGCAGGAGGAGGAAGGAUCGGAUCUUACACACAUGAUGAGCGAUCCUCCUGGAUCUGAUGCUCUUUAUCUCAGGCAUCCGAGAUUUGAGACGGGGAAACGAAUAGAUGAAUUUUUCCAUGGGAGUACUUGGAAACCUCUGAGAAAUGAGUCGCCAUGGGACGAGGAAAGAGAGUCCCUUGGCGAAGGCCAAGGAAAAAAGACAAAGCAAAGAAAAUUGGAUGUGGAAGAAGCUGUAAAUUCAAAGAAAGUUUUAGAUCUUGAACACAUGAUGAAGGAUCUUCAUAGUCCUGAUUCUGAUUGGGAAUUUUAUGACAACCAUGAACAAGAACCUGCUCAUUAUGUGGAUUUAUAUUCUGCAGGGGAAGGUUUCUUUAGUAGGAAGCAUAAACCAGACAGCUGCUGGUUGCAUGAUAAGUGUUCGAGGUAUUUGCAUAAUAAGAUCAACGAUUUACGACUGUGGAGUAGACCUCCCAGAGACAUGUUUGAGUUGUACAGAGUUGAGCUCGUCCUUAACAGCAAAACCACAGAAGCUACCUUCUCCGGCGAACUCCACGGUACAAUUGGAUUAAUCGACAAGAGAUUUGAGGUCUCAAAUUCUCCCCAAAUCUACUAUUUCAAGGUCAGUGAGGCUGACUCAGUUCCAUUCACACUUACCUACCACAAGGAGUAUUUCCUCGUCCCCCUGUCUGGUCCUCAACCCAGACCCAUGCUGGCGGAAGAUGACAUGAUGGGUAUUUUUUUUGCUCUCAAGAUUGGUGAUAAGGAUUUAUUUGAGGAUGGUCCUACUUUCAAGAAUACAGAACUGUUUGGGACGGACGAUGAAGUGACAGCAGGGUGUUUAAGCUAUAACCACAUGUUUGUCUCUAAGGAUCCAUGCUACCCUAAAGUUAUAAAGCAUGUGAUGGGGGGUACAGGUUCUAAUCCCAUAACUUUGGUUGCAUAUUAUAGCUUAUUCUUUGGCUCAUGGGCUAACGUUGAUGUGGUUCUGCAGAAUGGUAACAGAGUGGUUAGCAGUUUCUAUGGAUAUGUUUUUGCACGCUCAUGCAUUUUUGAUACAGGGACUUGCCUUCUCAGGAUUGGUUCAGAAAACAAGCGUGAACCAAUAAUGUCAGACUCUGGACAGAGGAUUCCUCUCACAAGAUCAAUUGUGGCUGUCCCAUGGAAUUCUUCUCUUGUGGUUGAAGCAGAGCUCUAUGACCAAGAUGGCAAUCUGAUUGUCAAGGGCACAACUUCAUCCCUUGCUACAAACUCUCCCGAAUGUCAUGGUCGAUUAAUUGGUGAAGGCGCUGCUUUUGUUGAUUUCAGAUGGGGCUCUCUAGAUGAGUCGUCAAUUAAUUGUCCAGGUACUGAUUUCAGACGGGGCUCUCUAGAUGAGUCGUCAAUUAAUUGUCCAGGUACUGAUUUCAGACGGGGCUCUCUAGAUGAGUCGUCAAUUAUUUGGGCAGAUUCUGAUUAUUUCAAUAUAUGAUUCUAGAUGAGUAAUACUACGUACUUGCUUAACAAUGGGAUAUUUAAACGUUGUGCUAAACUUAGUUGGGUGUUAUAAUGUUCCCCAGAGUGCUUGUUUGAAUUUAUUUAUGGAUGGGUUCGUUUUAGUUUGUGGAUUUAUAAUUUAUAGCUUGAGCAUGAGUUGUGGAUUGGGGAUUUAAUAUCUAUUGUAUUUUGUUAAGUCACGGGAUUCCAUCCUAAAUGGUCAACCUGUUAGGAGGAGUAGCCCGAAGCUUAAUAUAGCACUCUAAUGCUUCUCAAUUUUCCGGUGUGAGACAUUUAACACCCCUCCUCAUGAUCAGACACUUCGUCUGGAUCGUGUCGUCAUUCAUUUCUUCAUCGGUUCGUCAUUUUUCAUAACGGGCCCCACACCAUGGAUCAAUUUGGCUUUAAUACCAUGUUAAGUCACGAGAUUCCAUCCUAAAAGGUCAACCUGUUAGAAGAAGUAGCCCGAAGCUUAAUAUAGCACUCUAAUGCUUCUCAAUUUUCCGGUGUGGGACAUUUAACAUAUUUCAGCUUUUGAAAAAUGGGAAUGUACUUGGACUUUUCCGGUCUAAGUACAAACUAGAUUAGCAUUUGAGCAUGUUUUUUAAUUGGACUUAUUUCAGUUUCUGACUAAAUCAGACUAGACAUCGAUUGUUGUAAAAUACACUCAGACCAGAAAUUUACUAGAUCAGAAAAUUUCAAUUCAAUUGAAAGCACCAAACCUUACAAUGGCCUAUGUCCCGCUCAGCUAGGCAUUCCUAGGAGUGGACCCGGGCCGGUUCCGGUUCGGGCCUGGGCCCGGCCGGGAUUUUAUUUGUGAAUGGGUGAACCGGAACCGGCCCGGGUAGCCGGCGGGUCCGGGCCGGGCC